CUACCCACUUGUCCCGAUUUCCAAGCGGCGGAGUUCCCGGAGGACGAUUUUGCCAUCGGCACUACCCCUAUAUGUUCGAUUCCACAGCGCAGCCCGCACAGAAAUCGAAGCCACCACCUAAAAGAUCUCUAAUCUCCCAGCAGCACGGUUGAAUUCUCCGGCGGUCUCCUCUCUUUCUCCCACAGCCACCAACCCAUGGCACCUGCUCCGGCGGUUUCCUUGCUGGCCAGCGCCGACGUCGCGUCUGUGAAAACAUUCACCGGACGUUACGCCUCUGUUUACAGUGAAGUGCAGAACAGCCGCCUCGACCACCAUCUCCCUCUCCCUUCCGUCCUCCGGAAACCUUUCAAAGUUGUCGACGGCCCCGCUAGCUCCGCUGCCGGCCACCCAGAGGAGAUUGCAAAGUUGUUUCCUUGCUUAUAUGGUCAACCAUCAGCAGCAUUGGUGCCAGAUGAUUCAGGAGAUGUUGCAAUGGGCCAGAGUUUGAAGAUUGGAGUUGUUUUGUCGGGUGGUCAAGCACCUGGAGGGCAUAAUGUUAUUUCUGGAAUAUUUGAUUAUUUGCAGGACCAUUGCAAAGGAAGCACAUUGUAUGGAUUCAGGGGUGGACCAGCUGGGAUCAUGAAGUGCAAGUAUGUGGUGCUCACGCCAGAAUAUAUUUACCCAUACAGAAACCAGGGUGGGUUUGAUAUGAUUUGCAGUGGGAGGGACAAGAUUGAGACUCCAGAGCAGUUUAAGCAAGCUGAAGAAACAGCACAAAAGCUUGAUUUAGAUGGGCUUGUUGUGAUCGGUGGAGAUGACUCAAAUACAAAUGCAUGUCUUCUUGCAGAAAACUUUAGGAGUAAAAAUUUGAAAACCCGGGUGAUUGGAUGUCCAAAAACCAUCGAUGGUGAUUUGAAAUGCAAGGAGGUCCCCACAAGUUUUGGAUUUGAUACAGCAUGCAAGAUAUAUGCUGAAAUGAUUGGAAAUGUCAUGAUUGAUGCUCGAUCUUCAGGGAAAUACUACCAUUUUGUAAGGCUUAUGGGACGUGCUGCUUCACACAUCACUUUAGAGUGUGCCUUACAAACACAUCCAAACAUCACUUUGAUUGGUGAAGAGGUAUUCCUUCCAUGCUAUUCCUUCAUUAUAUUCAAAGCUUGUUUGGUUCAGCAGCUUAUUGGGGAACUGAAUGAAAUUUUGGCUCAUGAUAUUGUAGACGGCGCGGGUGUUUGGAAAAAGAAGCUGACCCCACAAUGCCUUCAGCUAUUUGAGCUAUUGCCUCAUGCUAUUCAGGAUCAAUUGCUUCUUGAGAGAGAUCCACAUGGCAAUGUUCAGGUUGCCAAAAUAGAAACAGAAAAAAUGCUUAUUCAAAUGGUUGAAACAGAGUUGGAGUUGAGAAAGAAGAGUGGUUCAUAUAAUGGUCAAUUCAAGGGACAGUCCCACUUUUUCGGUUAUGAAGGAAGGUGUGGCUUACCAUCAAAUUUUGAUGCAACAUACUGUUAUGCAUUGGGGUAUGGUGCCGGGGCACUACUUCAGAGCGGGAAGACGGGAUUGAUAUCAUCAGUUGGAAACUUAGCUGCCUCAGUUUCAGAUUGGACUGUGGGUGGAACUGCACUGACUGCAUUGAUGGAUGUUGAGAGAAGACACGGUAAAUUCAAGCCUGUGAUAAAGAAAGCAAUGGUGGAGCUUGAUGGUGCUCCAUUCAAGAAAUUUGCGUCAUCACGAGAUGAAUGGGCCCUAAAGAACUGCUACUUGAGUCCAGGUCCAAUUCAAUUCGUUGGUCCGGUAGCUGAUAGAGUAAACCACACAUUGCUUUUGGAGCUUGGGGCUUAAUCAUAAGUGGACAGAAAUGGCAGAGAGAAUCCAUCUGUUGUUCAAAUGGACAAUUGCUCUCUUUCUGUCAUCAUCCGCAUGCGUACUUUUUUUCUUGAACACUAUUAGUUUCUUUCUUUGAGUUCUGAGCCAUUUCUUUGAGUUGAACACUAUUAGUUACGGAGUACUCUCUCAAACCUUUUCCCAAUUCUGGAAAAUAAAUAAAGUUCCAUAUUUUCUUCUUUCUGAAGUUCCCAAGUCAUAUUUUUUUUAAAUGUUUUCUAGUGUUACCGUCUGAUCCAACCUUUUUAGGAAUUCGUUUGUUUAACAAUGCCCCUUUAUUUUUGAAAAUUAAAAGUGAAUUUAAAUAAAAAAAACGUGAAAAAUUAAAAAAAUGAAUAUUUAAAUGCAAGGGAUGCAUAUCAAAACAUAGUUUAUAUUUCACAAACUAAAAAAAUGAACGACAACAAAGGGUUUUUCGAAUCUUUGUGAAUACUUUUAUGUUUAUACACAAAAACUAAAACUCAANCUACUUUACACCUUAAAGUUUAACAAUGCCCCUUUAUUUUUGAAAAUUAAAAGUGAAUUUAAAUAAAAAAAACGUGAAAAAUUAAAAAAAUGAAUAUUUAAAUGCAAGGGAUGCAUAUCAAAACAUAGUUUAUAUUUCACAAACUAAAAAAAUGAACGACAACAAAGGGU